GUCCGUGCCGACACGCCGGGGAGGGCUCGCAGGCAGGCCCAGCUUAGGUGGCAGCCCAGGGACACACACGGAAGACAAAUCAGGCCGGCGAUGGUGCGUCCGGGCGCUCACGUGUGUACAGACCCGCCGGCUUGUCUAUAUGCGGUGUGGGCACCUGUCGUGUGAGUGGCUCCGGGUGUGGCUGCUCGUCGGUCGUGCAGUUUCUGUAAGAUUUAUCCCUAGGGGCCUACCUUCCCCAGCUCCAGAGGGGAACGUAAGAAGUUUAACUGAGCCGGGUCUGAGCAGAUUAAGCGAGUGGAACAGCCGCUGGGCCGGGCCGGAGAGGGUGGGGAGUGCGGGUGUUGGGGGUUAGGGACCACCUAUUCGUCCCGUCUGCCAGGCAGAAAGGCCUUUCGGCAAGACUGGCUUGACAGAGGUGGCCCUGAAAUGCCUCGAGAGCCUAGGCAAUAAUGAUCACUGAGUGAGUGGCACUGGGCUGACCCUGGGCAGUUUGUUGACUGACAGAGUGAUGCUAGCAGUUAGGAAGGCGAGGAGCAAACUCAGGAUGGGGACCAUCUGCUCCCCCAACCCCAGCGGGACAAAGACAUCAUCGGAGGUCUGCAAUGCCGACUGGAUGGCCUCGCUGCCCCCUCACCUCCACAACGUCCCCCUUUCCAAUCUGGCAAUCCCAGGUUCCCAUGACUCAUUCAGCUACUGGGUAGAUGAAAAGUCCCCGGUGGGGCCUGAUCAAACCCCAGCUAUCAAACGCCUCGCCAGGAUCUCCUUGGUGAAGAAGCUGAUGAAGAAAUGGUCUGUGACUCAGAACCUGACUUUCCGAGAACAGCUGGAAGCUGGGAUCCGCUACUUCGACCUGCGUGUGUCUUCCAAGCCAGGGGAUGCUGACCAGGAGAUCUACUUCAUUCAUGGGCUCUUUGGCAUCAAGGUCUGGGAUGGGCUGAUGGAGAUUGACUCCUUUCUUGCACAGCACCCGAGGGAGAUUGUCUUCCUGGAUUUCAACCACUUCUAUGCCAUGGAGGAGGCCCAUCACCAACGCCUGAUUCUCCGCAUCCGGGAGGCCUUUGGAAGCAAGCUGUGCUCAGCCUGCAGUGUGGAGAGUCUGAGGCUACAGACCCUGUGGGAGAAGAAGUGCCAGGUUCUUAUUUUCUAUCACUGUCCCUUCUACAAGCAAUACCCCUUCCUGUGGCCAGGAAAGAAGAUUCCAGCACCCUGGGCAAACACCACAAGUGUGCACAAGCUAAUCCUCUUCUUGGAGACCACUCUGAGUGAGCGGGCCCCUCGCGGCUCCUUCCACGUCUCUCAAGCAAUUCUCACCCCCAGAGUGAAGACCAUUGCCCGAGGCCUGGUUGGUGGCCUCAAGAACACUCUGGUUCACAGGAAUCUUCCCGCCAUCCUGGACUGGGUGAAAACUCAGAAGCCCGGAGCCAUGGGGGUCAACAUUAUCACAUCUGACUUCGUGGACCUGGUGGACUUUGCCACAACUGUCAUUGAAUUGAAUGACCUCCUGCAGGAGGAUAGAGCUUUAGCUAAAUGCUGAUUUAAUUUUUCAUUUAACUUAAUGUUGAAUUUGUUGAUCCAGGCAAGAGUGCUAAAGGAUUUCCUGUUGGGAUGGCCCCUGGGCUGUGAUGCUAAAAUAAGUAAGAGGAGGGCAUUUUUUUCCCUCCUAACAGGGCCAUUUGGAUAAAAUUACAGGGCAUUUAAUGGCAUUUUUCCCAAAUGAGACUUUCAAAGAACUUAAGUCCAAGGGAAGAAAGCAUGUUUCACAUGAUCAAGGUCAGGAUCUGCCCACUGGCUUCUGAUGUUGAAUGUAGUACGGAAAUAGGGUCUCCACGUCCCACUGGGGUAUUGGGUGUCCCCUAAUUGGCCCAGUUCCCUGUUGUCUUCUAGGAUGUUGUGUUUGAGCCAGUGAGAAGGCUGAA